GACCUGUACAGCAAGCUGGUCGCCUUCCCGCAGGAGACGAUCCCGCUGAUGGACGACGUGCUCCAGUCCGUCAAGGACGAGCGCUGGCCCGACGCCGACCCCGUCAAGAUCCAGACCCGCCCCUUCAACCUGAUCAAGGAGAACCGGCUGCGCGACCUCGACCCGUCCGACAUCGACCGGCUCGUCUCCAUCAAGGGGAUGGUGACGCGGACGUCGCAGAUCAUCCCCGACCUGACCCUCGCCGUGUUCGAGUGCGGCGUCUGCGGCGCCGCGCAAGACGUGCAGGUCGAGCAUCACCGCGUCGUCGAGCCCGACGCCAAGGGCGCGAUGCGCGUGAUGCACAACCGCUCCCUCUACAUCGACAAGCAGAUCAUCCGGCUGCAAGAGGCGCCAGAGCACAUGCCGCAGGGCGAGACGCCGCAGACGGUCUCGAUGUGCACGUGGGCUCGGCUGGUGGACGUCUGCAAGCCGGGCGACCGAGUGGAGGUCACCGGCGUGUACCGCGCCUCGCCGGUCCGCUCGAACCCGCGCCACCGCUCGGCGAGCUCCACCUGCAGGGCGUGCCUCGCAGCCUUCCAGGAGCCGUCUCGGAGCCGUCUCGGACCAACUGUCGCGACCGCCGCCGGCGAGGCGCGGGCCGGCGAGGCGCGCGAGGAGUACCACGAGGGCAACGAGCUGGACGCGGUGUCGGACGCGCGCGUGGCGGAGCUCAAGGCUGGCCGAGACACGCCGACCCUCUACGAGGACCUGGCGCAGUCGCUCGCGCCGUCGGUGUGGGAGCUGGACGACAUCAAGAAGGGCAUCCUGCUGCAGCUCUUCGGUGCCUCGCACAAGGUGAUCGACAAGGAGUCGUCGGGCGGCUCGGCGCGCAAGCGCGGCGACGUCAACGUUCUGCUCGUCGGAGACCCGGGCACCGCUAAGUCGCAGCUGCUGCAGUACGUCGCGCCGCGCGGCAUCUACACUUCGGGCAAGGGCUCGUCGGCGGUCGGCCUGACGGCGUACGUGACAAAGGACCCCGAGACCAAGCAGUUUGUGCUCGAGUCGGGGGCGCUCGUGCUGUCGGACCACGGCGUCUGCUGCAUCGACGAGUUCGACAAGAUGUCGGACGGCGCGCGCUCCAUCCUGCACGAGGCGAUGGAGCAGCAGACGGUCUCGGCGGGCAUCAUCUGCUCGCUCAACGCGCGCACGUCCGUCCUCGCCGCCGCCAACCCGAUCAACUCCAAGUACGACCCGAAGCGAUCCGUCGUCGACAACAUCAACUUGCCGCCCUCGCUGCUCUCGCGCUUCGACCUGAUUUACCUCGUGAACGAGUCGACCGACAAGCGGCUCGCUGAGCACAUCGUCCAGCUCUACCAGCUCGACCGCACGCCCGCGCACGCCGUCGUGCCGCAGCGCACGCUGAUGGACUACAUCUCGUACGCGCGGCGCGAGGUGCAUCCGAAGAUCUCGGACGAGGCCGCGCAAGAGCUGAUCCGCGCGUACUUGGCGAUGCGCAACAUGUCGGGCAACAAGAACGUCAUCUCGGCGACGCCGCGCCAGCUCGAGGGCCUCGCGCACGCGCGCAUGCGGCUGCACUCGACGGUGGUGGCGGAGGACGUCCUCGAGGCCGAGCGGCUGAUGAAGACGUCGAUGCAGUCGGCGGCGAUGGACCCGACCACGGGCACCAUCGACAUGGACCUCAUCGCCACCGGCCGCUCCGCCGCGGACCGCAACGCCGCGAAGAUGCUCGCCGCCGCGCUUAAGGACCGCUUCCUCGCCAUGUCGGCGCAGACCAUCUCGCUGCAGGAGCUGCAGCAGUCGGCGCAGGAGGACACCGGCGUCGAGGUCUCCAUCACCGUGCUGCGCGAGGCGCUUGCUAUCCUCGGCCGCGAGGGGCUGGUGUCCGUC